ACUGUAUAUUAUUAUUGCAUUUAUAUGACGAGUUGAAUGUAAGUAUUUGCAGUUCAUAGAGCAGUGUGCCUGAGCUUUUAGCAAACUGUAAGCGAAGGUUGAGUCAAACUGGAACACUUUAUCAAAGGUUAUUGAGAUCAACAAAGCUUGGCUCUCAUUUUCAGGAAUUUAGAAUAUAGCUAAAGCUGUCAUUUUCUCCAGGUAUGCAGCCAAAUAAGACAUUAUUAAUAUUUCUAUGUAUAUUUUUAUAAGUUCAGGAUUUGGGGCAUCGACACUACCCUGGUUGCCAGAGGUUCUCGUAUCUUUCGCCCUAUUCUCGCAAAUUAUGUAAUUUAUAAUACGGCGGCACAAGAACCUCUGGAACUAAGUGAUGUAUUUUUAUACAUUUCCUAUGUAUAAAAAUGUAUAUAGACAAGUUACAAGUAGGUAUUCGCUGGAAACUAAAAGUAUGGUUUUCAAGUUUGUUCGUUGUUUGUUCGUUAAAAAUAUGGUGUUCAAAUGUUUAUUGAAUGCCUGUCAAGGCUUGUUUUGACUAUUGACUAGGCAUUUGAGUGACCUACAUAGGAAAAAAUAAAAUGUGUCAAGCAAAACCACUUCUUGUCCACAUUCAGGGUUACUCAGUACACAAUUUACCAAACAGUUUUGUGUUGCUACGGUCUGUAAUUAAGUCGCUCGUCGAGUACUUGAUAUCGUAUUACAGGAAGAAGUUAAUGGCGGUGUUAUUCUGAUAAGAUUAUAAGAAUGAAAACUAUGAAUUCCUUGAAUUUCUUAAUCCUACAUAACUGUUUCUGGAAAACACUAAAAUCAUGUGACUGUCUUGUCAUAAUUAGGACCAAAUUGAAACGCACUCAAAGGGAUAUUACGUAGAGUAACGGGGCGGUAAAGGUUACGGGAUCUACACCUCUGGGUUUGUCCACAAUUUGUCAACCUGACUCAACCAGUCAGUCGAUGAAUGGCUCAGUCAGUUAAGCCAACCUCGCAAGCAAGGGCCUCCACACCCGCGGCGGGCCUCCACACCCUUGCUUGCGAGGUUGCAGUUAAGCUUGGUUUCUAUAUGGUCGUAAUGGUCGUAAAAAUAGAGUCACGAUCUUUCUCAACGGCCAGUUUAUAAUAGUUUAGACCUGUAAACCACAUAUAAAUCAUAAGUAUUCUCUAGUUAUAAUCACUCCGCGUAUUUCCAGUCCUAAACUAUUGUAUUUCGACUGAUGAGAAAGAUCGUGACUCAAUCUUUACGACCGUUACGACCAUAUGGAACCAGGCUAAAGCCAGUCAGCCAUCUGGUCGGUGACGUCAGUCACUAUAGUCAUUUACUACAGUUGGUUUUCAAAUGGUUGAUAUAUUUGGGCAUCUCGUUCGAUGGAACUGACAGUUAUUUGUAGCGGAAGAUUAUAUACAAUUUUAAACCCAAAAAAUGUAACUGUCGAUUUCUGGUACGUAAAGAUCUAGCCACCAGCAGCUGAUACUGAACAAAUGCCUGGACUUUGACAGCUACCUGUAUUGUUGACUUAUGUUCGAUAUAACUAAAUGCAGAUGGGUUUUGGAGAUGGAAAUUCCCAGUGUGGAUUUUAUACAUUUAUUAGAUCUAACCAGAAACAGUUGCGAAAAAUGCAACUCUAGGUCCUCUGGCAGGAAUUGAACCCACGGCCCUGCGAUUCCGGUGCAGCGCUCUAACCAACUGAGCUACGGAGGCCAGUUGUCGAGCUCUAACCACAAGUUCAUGUAUGUAUAUAUAGUGGGUGGUGCAGCAGUACUAAAGUCUAUUAUAGGUAAAUAUCGAUAUUUUGUUGGCGUCUCGCUUGAUAAAACUAACAGUUGAAAUUUCCAUCAACAAAAACCCUUUAAAGCGCGACUAACCAAAAAAUAGGGUUUUUUAUUAUUUGUAAUAUUUGGGUCAUUCUGAGAAGAAAUGUAAUGUAUCUUUAUAGUAAAAAAUCCCAUCUUGAUCAACUUUUUUACUGUCAAAGUUUCCGGAUAUGAUGUCAUUAGGUGAAUUGCAAAUUACUUUUCCUUUGUUUUUUAUACCAAAAAUUCACAUAAUGACAUCAUAUCCGGAAACUUUGACAGUGAAAAAGUUGAUCAAGACGAGGUUUUUUUACCAUAAAGAUAUAUUACAUUUCUUCUUAGAAUGACCCAAAUAUUACUCUUAACAAAUAUUAUAUUUGGGGUUAGUAGCAUUUUAAAAUUUUUCUCUCUAGAAUGAGUGCAGUCAUCACGAAGAAACAAAAAAACACCAUCAUGGUUUUGGGAAGUAUUACAGCCGUGUUUGGAGCGGGUGCUGGAGCCUGCGGUCUCCUCUUACGAGGGCAAUACUUGACGUAUGAUCAAGAUUGGGAUGUUGAUAUAAUAUCUGGAUUCACUGACGGAUAUUUUGGAGUUAUGUCGGGAUUUCUAGUAAGUUCAUCAACUUAUUAUCAAAUCAUAAAAAACAAAAACAAAUUACUGAAGAUAGUGGCUCUCCAAUUGCUAUAUGAAAUGUACAGCCCAACAAGUAAAACAAUGUUUCCAAACAAACAGGGAAACAUUUGAGGAAACAUCGAGAAUCACAAAUGUUUCCACAACGUUUCCUAAUUUGCCGAGGGCUUAAAGCCUCUGCGGAGGAGAGAGCCUGCUGGAUGCUGCUUGAAUGUUAUCGUUCUCAGUUAAGAGCGUCCGAAGACACGCUUACAGACAAUAUCGCCCACACGUUAAAGUCUAUAGUAUAAAGACAAGCCGGCGUAACAGACGGCGUUGAACAACGAAGAGCUGACUCAACUGAGUGAAAUCAGAUUUUAUUCAGUUCACAGUUCACUUGACUGGUUUGUCGUCCUGUUUUACACCAGACGAUAUUAAAGUGCCUAUAUCAUGGUUUUGGAGUUUGCAUAUCUCAAAAGUUUAGGGUAUUUUAAGACACUUUGCAAUAUAUUUUGUUAUUGAAAAAUUUCAUCUUGAUGGAUUUAUUAGCUCUUAAAGUUACCGGACAUGACGUCAAAAGGAGAAUUGCAAAUCAGUUUUCCUUUGUAUCAUUGCAACAAAAUUCUCCUUUUGACGUCAUGUCCGGUAACUUUAAGAGCUAAUAAAUCCAUCAAGAUGAAAUUUUUCAAUAACAAAAUAUAUUGCAAAGUGUCUUCAAAAACCCUAAACUUUCGAGAUAUGCAAACUCCAAAACCAUUAUAUAGGUAGUUUAACAUCGGACACAAAAUUAUCGUUCAGACGAUGUUAACCUCUCUUAAGCCAGGAUUACACUAUCAAAGUUUCUGUGACCACAAUAGGAAUUUUGCAUCUAGGUCAGGGCAUUUUUUAAGAAAUUACAACUACUCGGGGGCUAAGUCUCAAUGAGGGCCUUUUCCUCACAUAUUUACGCGUACAUAUAAAGACCAUGCUGUGCUGACUUUUAUAAAAUGGAAUGUCGAGAAUUUGAGAGGAUAUGAGAAAGCAGGUAGAUGCAGCUUUUUCAACAAGGAUGACUCUUUACUAAUGAUUAAAAGGGCCCAGUUCAUCUGAAAAUAUCGCUUCACUACUGGGGCAAGCAGAGGGCCUACUGGAGUAAAUGCCCCAGUAGUUAUGUACUAUUUAAAAAAUUCUAGGUAAAUUCCAAGUUUUAAAGGAUUGCCAAGAAUAGUUUGAGGAAACUGACUUAAGUGUUUAACAUUAAGUUCCCUGACACAUUUCUAACAAAUCCUUCAGAACUUAGAAAUUCCUUUUGUGAUUACAGUCGGAUACAGAAAUUUUCACAGCGUUAACCAUGCAAUCAAUAUCUGAGUUAAAUUCCUUAUUUUUAUCUUGUUUCCCCCUGCUUUAUAGUUACUGCUACUUGGAUCUUUGGGCUAUGGUCUUGUCUACUCAAGACUGUCCUGUUUGGUAAAUACAUUUGGUUUAAUUAUAGCCUUUCCCGCCAUUUUUGGGGUACUGCCCCUCCCAGGUCUGAAAGUCUCCGCACGACGAAAUACAACUUCUUAGUAUUGUAGUUGUUUGUAUAAUGGUAAAUUUACAGAUACAACUUUUCAAAGUUGCUUUUCACGUUGUUUGAAUUGUCUAGAACUUUCACGAGGGCAGACAGUACCCCAAAAAAUGGCGGAUUUUGGCUAAUUUGGAGAAAGGCUAAUUUGAGAUAAUGUCAAAACAUUUUACUUGUCAGUAAGAAUGUCCCGGGAUGAAAUUUUAACCGUUACUGCAUUCGUGAUAAAAUUUAAAUUUCAAAUACCUUCCAUUCUCCGAUAGGUGUUCGUCUAUUGGUUAUGUUCGCUGUCAUGUGACACGUUGUGUAUUCUCGAUACUAUGAUGGUUAUGCCCUAUACGAGAGAUAAUGGAAAGUUUGCUUGGGAGGAACAAACUCAGAACUGCACUCAACCUCUCGUAAACCCAGAAGGAAACAUAUCACGGUCUCAUACUUAUUUAAGUACAAAUAAUCUCGGUAAAUUACAACAGUUUUGCAUUUUUGGUUUGAAACAGGGGCGCAGCCAGCCCCAAACGAGUGUGUAUGGAGCGGGGGUUCCAAUUGUUCCGAGGCACCGCCCCCGCAAAUUUUGCACUGUAAUAGGUUUGCGAAACGCGGUAUUAUUAAAUACUCAAUCUAUUUCAUCCCGUUACCAAAAUAAACGUCAUCCCUGCAAAAUGUACUGAAUUUUUCAUUCAUUGCUGAGCAGACUUCCCAGCAAGUUAUUGCCGAAUUGAUAGGGGAUCAGGGGCGGCGGAACCGGGGGGGGGGGCUAGGGAGGCUAAAGCCCCCCCCCCCAGAAGUAAAAGUGGGGGGGGGGGGCUUAGCCCCCCAGAAAAUUUAGUUUUUUCUGGAAAAAUUUUGAUAAUUAAGGAAAAAUUUCGGUAAUUUUUUGAAAAUUUAGGUAUAAGGGGAAAAAUUUGCAAUAUUUUGUUUAAAAAUUGUGUAUUUCCGGAAAAAAUUUUUGUUAUAUGUCCGGAAAAAUUUUUUUCAUCUCUUUUCCUGUAUAUGUCCGGAAAAAAUUUUUGUACCACCUAAAAUGGUACACUACUGACCGAAAAAAAUUUAGCCCCCCAGAAUGAAAUCUGUUCCGCCGCCGCUGUAGGGGAUUCGAGGUACCUACGAUUUAACGUCCUUAUCAGAGAAGACGCGAAAGUGUAACCAUUUACAGAUUACUGAUGUCAAUGUAAAGGUAGCACUUUCUCCCCAGUUAUUUUAAGACCUUGAGUAGAGGUUCGAUUGAGCCCUGGAUUAAACCCUGGAUCAAGGAUGGAAGAGAUUAUUUCGCUGGCCUCAAAGUGACAAAACGUGACAAAGCAACGGUUUUACUAACACUAACCCUACUCCAAACACCAACUCUAACCCUAACCCUAACCUAACCCUACUCCAAACACCAACUCUAACCCUAACCUAACCCUACUCCAAAUUUGUUUCUAAACCAAUCUUGAAGAAAAAAGUUUUGACGAAAUGUCAUUCUGAGGUCAGCGAAAUAGUUGAUGCCAUCAAGGAUUGCACAGUGGGUCUCCCUGCUUGAAAGGUACAGUAAGCGUGGUGACAGUUCUGGGUAGUCGCUUAACAGGAGUUUUUCUUCUUCUUUUCCCAGAUUACUGUAAGGACAUCAAAACUAUCGCUAUUCUGUUAAUCGUCAUCACCGCGACAAUACUGACGUCACUUUUGUUUUCAUGUGUGACGACAUUUGUGACAAGUGUGGCUCUGUAUAGAGCGAGAAGUAUCGAAGUAAGUGAAAUAUCUUGCCGUAAAAUGUUUUGGAUUCAAUCCACAGCCUCUUGUGAACGAGACAGCGUUUACUACAGGCUAAACAAACACCGAAAAGGCAUGCGAUGAAAAUUAUUAUUUAUUUUGUCAAACGGACUUGUAUUUAAAGAGAAAUUCAACGCGAUGUUGAGUUGAUUUAUGGGCGUUUAUUACCGUGGUAUCGAGAUACUGUGAUGUUUUCAUUUUCGUUUUAUCAUCAAUUCUUAAUGAGUUUGAGAAAAAUAUAGGGCAGGAUGACUGUUCAGACACAAACCACCACAACUUAUCAGUUAGUAUAGCCUGCAUUGAAAUCAGUUAGGGACUCAUGGUUAAUAUUUAUCGCGGGGAGGGGGGGGGGGGCACCGAAGAGAAAAGGGUUGGGUAAACAAAAGGUUGGGUAAAUGAAAAACAAAACAACUAAAGGGUUGGGUAAUAAAAAUAUAAAUCAAUCAGGGUCGCUAUCUUGAUCAUUUCCCGAUUUGUCAGGAGGUAAAUAGUGUCUCCAAAGAAAGUACAUGUGCAGACAAUAUGAAACUUUAGACUGCAGAAAAUUGCACAAGCAGUUAUCAAACUCAUGUCACAGAAGUGGUAAAGGACAUAUGUGACAACUGAAUGGUAUUCUUGUCCGUAAAGAUUUUUGCCAGGGGUGGGUAUUUAUUUUUCAAUCGAUAUUUGAGGUUGGGUAAAAUUUUGACUUUUUUAAUGGUUGGAUGAGCAAAAUUUUUACCAAGAGAAACAUUUGUCUUCGGUGCUACCCCUCCCCCACAAACAAUGACCUGUCUCGUAGUAAAUUGGAUCUACAAAGAAUACUGAACAUUUUCUACCUUAUUUUCACAAUAUGUAGAAUCCAGAGCAAGGCGACAUCCAGUUGGCCCCUUUUUCAACGCCAGCUGAUUUUCAACCGAUGAGCUUCAACAACACCGUAUAUCAUACAGAUAGCGGAUUCCGAAAGUAGCAUUUUGAACUGCAAACAAUAAAAUACAUUGAACUGACAGUGUAAACUGUGUAAAUACCACUUUCAUAAUCGUCUAAAGUUUGAAUGUUAUCAGUUUUACAGGCAUCCUAAUGACCUAAUCAGCUAUUCUUGCCUCGCUCUUGGAAC